ACUCGUGCGCUCAAAGAUGGCGGAUGGGUCGCCCGAGGACCGCACCGGCCCGAAACAAAUGAACGAUUUAACUUUUUCCGCGCCCGGCCCAGGACAUGGUGACACAAAAAAGUGCAGUGGGGAAACAUUUGACGGCGAUGAAGUGAAGUUAUCGUUAUACACUGAACUAGAAACGAGUGCAUCGUGUGAGAAAAGUGAUACGCGCGGCGUGGCCGCGAAUGAUUCCGCGGCGGUCGUCACGACGACGAAUUCCCUAAAAUCGCGUGAAGCAAACAUCGACGACCGCGACGACAGGAAGAAAAGAUGCUUCGACAGAUACGACAGCUCCGAGUCAUCUGACAGUGGCGUAGCGGUGCAUAGUCCGACGGAAAGCGGCGGGUGCAGCAGCAGUGACAUCACCGAGCCGGGUUCGCCGCGCAGCCCCGAGUCGUCGUGCAGCGCGCCAGAGGAGAGCGCGGGCGCGGGCGCGCGUAUGCCGCCGUGGGCGAGCGAGCCGGCGCCGCCGGGCACGCGACGCCUCGCGGCCCAACCCGCGCCCGUGCGACGCCCCCAGCCUCCCAUACGACGUCGCAUCACAGAAUACUUCAGCCACAAAAUGAAGCCUCAAAACGGCCUAAAGCGCGACUCCAACGCGACCAAUAACGAAGACACCAAAAGAAAGUGCCUACCCAAAAACGGCGUCACGGACGACUUAGAGAAAUACAUCUCGUAUCUGUCACAGACGCUCAGUCCUAAGGUCCUGAUGGAUGUUGGGAAACAAGCAGAAACCAUGAAGAAACCCAACUCUACCGUCAACGGAGUUGUUGAUUCCACCAAACCGACAGAUCUCAGUAAAGUGACGCCUAAUACGAAUAUUAGCAGUCAGCUUGAUUUCAGUAGGUCUAAGGAGGGUAGAGAAAAAAAUCAUCAUACCAGCAUGAAUGGUUUUGUUGAAGUUAGGCAUGCGACCGAAUCGUUCCAAACGACCAAAGAGAAACUUUCAAAUGGGCUUAUAAACGGGUUGGUCGACGGUAAAAAGCAGAGCCUCGAUAAUAAAGCAACACCAGACCCAUCCGCCAAUUGCACAAAGUAUAAUACCACAAAUACCAUAGGAGCAGCUAAAAGAAAAGUACCUAUACCAAUGUCAAACGAAUUAAAUGGAGUAAGAAUAGCACCAGCUACAUCUGCCAGUCAUAUGCCGAAGAAAUCAUUGAUUUCAAAACCUGACUCAACGAGAGUAAACGGUGUUGUUAGUUCCACUACUAAGUUAGAUAGUAGGAUGAAUGGGGUCACCAUUGGAUCAAAUAACUUAGGUUUAAGUUCUGAAAUCACCAUAACGAAGAAAGAAGUUCCAAAGAAGACCACUCCUCAAGCUAAAAGAACAAAUCGAAAAUCUUCAGCUUGCAUAGCUAACAGCAAAAACCUUACUUGGUCUAAGGUUAAUAACCUGAAACAAGUACAGCUUCAGCAAAAAAAUUGUGUUAAUUCUACUCAGAAUUCAUCCAUGCAAAAUUUACCAGGUGAAGCAAACACAGCACCAAAGAUGAAUAUCCCAAAUGGUGUUCGUCAAGUUCCAAUGACGAUUAAUGGGAAUCUCGGUAGUAUAAAUGUACCUGUGAACAAUUUACAGAACUGUCACCAAAUAAAUAUUCCCCAGCCUUGUAAUGGAGCAGUGAAUUCAAAUAAUUUACCUUCAUUUGUAGCGGUCCCCCAAAAUGUUAUGUUAGCCACGUUAAGGAUACCACAGAAUGGAAUACCGGCACAAACGUUAACGCAACAAAGUAAUAUGACCGCUUUUAAUAGGCCAAAUGUCAAUGUGUCAAGCCCGACAAAGUUGAACGGCCAAUUUGUGUUUCCACUCAUGCAGAAUAUCAAUGGAACCGUUCUGCAAAUACCAAAUCUAAUGGCUAAAAUGCCUAAUUUUGUUCUUCCUCAAACACCGCAGCUAACAACACCCAGGCAAGACCAUUUACAGAAUCAACAAACGGCACAAAUUCUCAUAAACGGUACUCUUUUAAAGUUAGCUAACACGAUGACGUCUACGUACCCUAAUGUCAACAAGACGGCUCCUGUUACAAGUCAACCUAUUCCUGUAAUGAAUAAAAACGUUCCUGGAAUACAACCCGUGGGAAUAACCCAUAUGCAGUCCAAACCGAAUUAUACCGUUAACCUAAGCCAUCCUGUUCUAAUGCCUCAACCUGGGUACAUAGUGACAUCUGUGCCAAAUAUGAAUGUGAAAGAGACAUGGAGCUACACGAAUACUGCCUUAUCAUCAUCACAAAUAACGUGUUCCAAUCCAAUAGUCCAUCACCCGCCACCUCUAGUAGCGAACUUUACUACGGAAGCCUUACAUACAAGUAGUAUACCAAUAGCGCCGGUCAAGCCGCCCGACAAUCCAAUUCAGGGCACAGACCCGCCUAGUAGUACGGUAAAAGAAGAAGUGUGUGAGGUAACAAGUUCAAAGUAUGAUAUACCGUGGCUUUCAAAAACUGUUAACAAUAACAUUGUUCCGCUAGAUUCUAAUAAACUAAAUUCGAGGCCUUUUGCACAAGUUUACUCGGAGAGAUUAGACGAAUUUCAUGUAGAGAAAGUGCGAGAAACUCUGAUAGAGUCCUCCACGAUCAUAGACGUUGAAUGUACUGAAGACUUAAGGAAGAUUAAAGAAGUAGCAAGAAGAGAAGAGACUAUUUUCACUCAGAUAACUGUGUUGAAAGACGUUUCGUCUAACGUUCAAAGUACUGUGAUAGAAGAAACUUACUGUAGCACCACUACGGAGUCGUCAGAAUCGGGGAUUGGUACUGACAAGUCUAUCGACUCCCCGAGCGACUCGCAAACCAGUAAGGAAUGUGAUGACGACUCAUCGUUAUCGUUAAGUAUAAGUUUGUGUUCAGUGGACGUGCAGAGUAGCCAGAAGAGUCCAAUUCUGAAGCAGCCGAAAACGUUGAGGUUUCCACCGAGGAAUCCAGCGAAAUCCGGUAGUAAUCAAAGGACGUCAAGUACUGAUACAACAUCAACAGUUACAUUAUGUAUGUGGGAAAACUGCAAAAGUGAAUUCGAGAGUGACACAGAUCUCUUGGAGCACUUACAGUCAGUCCAUGUGGAGAGCCAAGCAGGAAAGGAAAACUACGUGUGCCUAUGGCAGAAGUGCAAGGUCCGAGGGAAGCCCUCCUGUUCGCGGCUCUGGUUGCAAAGGCACGCCCUUUCCCACGGAGGAAACAAACCCUUCAAAUGCAUCGUCGACGGCUGCGACAGAAGGUUCUCCACACAGAUAUUGUUGGAAAGGCACGUAAACAACCACUUCAACGAGGUGUCUCCAGGGACGAACGGCAGCAAGAAAGCGGUUGAUAGUGCUUCCAAGUUAAUACGAAGGAAUGGCAAGAAACUGCGGUAUAGAAGGCAACCUUGGUCGGCGCGCAUGUUCGACUUCUUCGACGCUAGCAUGAUGGAGGGUCUGGCGUGGCGGCUGGGGCGCGUCACCCGCUGGCGGCUGGGCGGCGGCUGUCCCUUGCGCGAGCCGCCCGGCCGACACACGCUGACGCUACACGCCGCGCUACAAGCCACGCGGUACAACGCACAAGCGCACGCGCACGAGGCGCUGCUGACGUACUACCCGCCGCAUGUGAUCGAAGACGAAUGGGUGCCUGAGAAAGACGUGAAGCGGAUCAAGCGUGUCGAGAUAGCUACGUUGCCCGCGCACACAAAAGUACUACUCUACGAGCAGUUUUGCGCGGCGUAUCGCGUUAGUCCAAGCCCGCCGCCGCCGAAAAAGGCCGUCCCUACCACGCGAGUUCUACCGGCGAGGCACUGCACAUCCUCGCGACUCCUCAACAAGUUACUGGCGAAGCAAAAGCAGAAAAAAUCGGAAUGCUCCACGCCGGAUCUCGCCGCUUUGUACAAGCCGCCGCCGGAACGCGUCGAAGUCAGCGGCGCCAAGAAACGCAAGAUGGGCCGCCGGUAUGGCGGCUACGACGCCUUCUGGCCCUCCGGACGAUAAUUCCCUAUCUGUAAGCUCGCUAUGAAUCUGUUUCGUCUUUUCUUUUAAUCUGGGAUAAUGUAGCCUUGAUUUAAGUACUAUUAUAGUAUAACACCUUAAGUGUAGACGCUCAGUAAGUGCCUAUUCAUCAGUAAGUUAGAUAACGUCUGAAACACCAGCUAUCUACUAUCGAAGUAAUAAGAAAUAUGGAAGACGCUUUGGAUAUCUGAACAUAAUAAGAAUUUAAUGUGCCUUUUAUAAAUGCUAAGCUUCACGAAUUACACGUAAACAGUUAUAAUAUAAUAAUAAUAAUAAAUAUCCUUGGACAUUUUACACUACGCCGCUAGCCCCAAACUAAGCAAAGCUUGUACUAUGAGUACUAGACAACGGAUAUAAACAUACUUAAAUACUUUUUUUUUGUAAAUACAUACAUUUAUACAUAGAAAACAUCCAGUCCAAUACAAACAAAUAUGUUCAUGCACACAAAUGUUUGUACUGUGCGGGAAUCGAACCCGCAACCUCCGGAAUAAUAGUCCAAUUCGAACCACUACACCAAACGGCCGACAUAGCGGCGCAUAGUUAUGGCGGUAGAUUGACAAUAUUUGACAGGAAGACCCGCCCAUACGAAUAGUAGAUGUACAAAUACAAUCAUAAAAGAUUGUAUGAAAUAGUUCUUCCACAUUUAUUAAUAUUUCGAAGGUUGAAAGUAGUCUAAUAACAUUUUUACACAAUUUUUCAAUAGCAAAUAAUUUUAAUCCGUUCUUUGUAAUUCGAAUGAAAGACCGAAACAUUUUCAUAGGAGACAACGAAAUUCGACGGGCGUGUGUUAUAGAGUAGGACGGCUAGAUUUUAUCAGGGUACGCUUCCGAAGUGGAUUUUAUCUAAUACUGUCAAUUUUAUCUAAUAUUUUACAAUAUAACUGCACGCGCAACAGUUUUGAUUUUUAUGCGACCUUAGGAUAAGGCUGUAAGGUUCAAAUUGCUUGAUAAACAGAUUCAGGCGAGUUUUGUACAUUUUUUAGCUACUUCAUAUUCUUAUUACAAAGACAUCCCACUUCGUUAGCGUCCCAUAAACAAACACAAGACGCCAGAGUACAAACGCCAGUCUUCCAUAAAACUCCCAUAGAUGAAAACCUAUUAAGCCCCAUACACACGCCCGUCGAACGAUAGCGUGAAUUGUUAACGCAUGGAAACGUCAACGUUGGACGCGAAAUUGACGUCAGGUCUUUUUAAUCGAUUUUAUGUUAUUUAUUUAUCAGUCUGACAAGGCUUUUUAAUCUUAUUUCAAUUUUACUAUAGUGAAUUGUAAUUUAAUUUUAUGUCGAUGAUCUAAUGAUACAGUUUUAAAUUGAUUAAUUAUUCAAUGAUUUUACGUUCCGUCAUUUAAUUGGAUGAGUUUUAAUUUGAAUUAAUUGAAUUAUUUUAAUUGAGAAGUGCAGAUUUUAUUUCAAUUUCAACUCGUCGAAAAUUUCUCGUCCAAUGGGUGACAAGAAUGUUGUAAGGUUCGGGAGCGUUAGUAGUAUUCGCGAAGACAGAUGUUGAUUCUUCGGGCGAACCGCCCGGGCUCAAUGUAGCGAGUACAUACAGGCCUGGACUGCAAGCGCCAAGAAUCAAGACCAUGGAUCCAAUCCACGGUCCAAAUAUUCUCAGAUCCCUGCCGCUCGCAGUCCAAGCCUCACCCACAAGACUGAUGCUUACUUUUUAUAAUGAUAUUGAGGGAGAACUUCGUUCACGAAGCUGUAAAUAGCGCGAACUGUAAAAAGGUUGUAGGUGCAUACGAUAGAUUCUAUUCGAGUUAGUUAGUGGACGGAGUAGUCUGAAUAUUUUUAAGUUGUUAAGGCGCGCGCACACUGUCGCGAUUCGGACAGUCGACUGGCGUGGUUUGUAAAAAGUGUUUAGGUAAUGUCAGGUCGGUUGCGACGGCGUGGGCGGUGUGCGCCCGUCCUUAGAGUAAGUUGUGUCGCGUAGACACGGACGACCAGCAAUACGCAGCACUGCCAACGUGUACAUAGUAGAUGAUUAAUGAAACAUUCGUUUAGCUUAGAUUAAUAUGAUUUUGACGCUUUUUGAUGUGGUUUCGUUUAGUGGUGAUUAACCGCGUCUCGAUUGCUUUCGCUUACGUGCCAAUAUACAUCGAUUUGUGUGUUUUUGUCAUAGUACCAAUUGACCAGUCAGUAUCAUGUGACGCUUCUCAUUUGUGAACUUGUUCAUGUGAAUAGUUUGUGGUUCACAAAGAGGAAUGUCACGUGACGCGGGCUCCGGUCCGUUGUCUAUGGUUGUAUAAUGCGCGAUGCAUUUCGGGUGUCUUCCGGACUUGGGCUGACGACUCACCAAGUGCCUCGAUAGCGCAGUUCUACCGGUACUACGUAGUGUUCACUUUAUAUCAAUAUACCCGUGUAGUCAUAUCAGACGAAACUCGCAGUUAGUACUAGUUGUUAGAGUUCCAUUUUGAUAUUCGGAGUUUUAUCCAGUCCUUGUGUUCGAAACGUGAAUUUUAAGACGCUUUACAGAAUCAACAACUGUCUACAACGUUUUGGAAGGAACGCUGAUUUCGGGAGUGACAAGGAUGACGAUCUACUAAUUUCGGUCUCGUAUAGCGCCGUCUCGGUCAAACAGACUGAAGUGUUCUUCCAAACGUGAUUCGUAUUUUAUAGUGUGUCCGAUGACUUAUUUAUACGACACUGCCAUUGAAAGUGUUUAGUUUAAAGCCGUUGUAACAACAUCGACGAUUGUACUGUUAGCAAUAAACGUUUUGUGAUAAGUGACUUAAUUGUUGAAUAACAGAUAUAUUCGUUUCCACGCACAAGUGUUUUGUAUUUUGUGUAUUAUUGUAUACAACAGUUAUACAGUGGCAUGAGUUUGGAAAAGCUAUGAUAUGUUCUAGUAUCAAUUUUGUUAAUGAAGUGAUGGUCGGUCGGGUCGUGAGAACCGAGGAGACAUUACCGUAUGACUUAAUGUUCUAAACUACUGCCUAAUUACAUAGACAUAAGUACCAAAAUAUCAUAGUCACCUCUCCGUUCUGGCGGCCCGGCAAGCGGAGAACUAAAGAUACAUGCAUUAGUGGUUACAUAAACACAACAUGCCAAUGAUUUUGAUAUUUUAACGUCAAUAACAGAUUUAUUAGGCAGAAUUUAGGUGUUAACUUUUUGGAGUCCCCUUAUACAGAAGUUGUUAAUGCCUUUUUAGCAAUAAGGGAUUAUACAAUUGAAUGGAGUAAAUUGUGUUCUGUGCUCACACGAUCUCGCUAGUAUUUUUAGUUAGUGCCUAUAGUGAUAAGUUAGGAUGAAUUGUGUGUGGACGUGGUGUAUCUUAACGGUAAUAGACACCAGUGCGUAUUUUCAGACUUUCGCUUUUCGACGUCAUAAGAGUAACGGAGAUUCUAUAUUAGAUGGUCGUAGCGAAGCGGUAGGUUGAUAAAGUAUGAUAAGUCGAGUGUUGGGGUGUAAAGUGGGUAGUUGGGGUAAGGGCGGGCGCAGGCGACGGUCGGUGAUUACGAACCGAAUGAAUAACACUUUCAGUGCGUGGACAGUUGUGAGACGGCCGUCUGUGCCGGCCCUAAGACCGCGGUGGCCCUACGAAAUCGCUACGGGCCCGCGAAAGUACUCCUAUAGGGAAAUGUAGCGCGAUCACGUAGCCAGUUUGUCUUAUCGAUUUUAAGGUAUAUUAUUCUUAAACGUUCAUUAACAUAGCGAAUUAAUACAUAAUGUCGGUCGAUAAGACGGUGGCUCUCGCGCGCGUAGACCCAAAGAAGUGUAAUAGAAAAAUUUCUCCAGUAGUCAAGUUGGUGCCUGAUUGUUGAUGAGUAAUGGGAUCGUAUGCUAAAUCUACAGUCUAGACUUCUUUUUGGAGCGUUUCCAAUGUACUGAUUAUUUUUUUAUUAAAUUUAAAAACUAGAGUAAUUAUUUUCAGCACUGAUAGUAGUGCCAUAUUUUAUUGGCUCGCUUUUUUUUAUAAAUUAUUUUUGUAGUGAAAUUCGACACCAAAAUCAGAAAGACAAAAUUGCGUUUUGUUUUAUCAGUAACAAUAUGGACUUGAAUAUUUGAUCUCAGACUGACGGCGCAGUCGCACGCGCCGGUUCCUUCGCUAAGUUUCGUUCAAUUCGAAUGCUUACAUUGCACGAUAAACAAACCGACUGGCCUAGUUACAGUUCUAGUACAAAUUUCGUUUUACUGUACGGAGGCGCUUUGAAACAAACUUUGUCAAAAUUGAUCACGGACUAAAGUAUCUUAUCUCCAUUAGGCUAGUGUUUAGGCGUUCGGAUCGUUAGGCAGAUAAAUAUUUUGUGAAAGCGAACCCUGUCGACGGGGGACUAAAUUAUAUCGAAAAAUAUACAUAACUCGUAAGCGCAAAAAGAUAUAUUUUUGUCACUGCCACAAUAGUCAUAGUUGGGUGUGUGAGUGGCCGCGUUUGCUCACGGAGAGUAGUUAAGUUGUAUUUAGUUCCGCGCGCGGCCGCGGCGCCAGGCGUCACGGCGGCGCUAGCGUGCUAUGCCCAUAGUUUUGUUCUGCCGCGGGUUUGGGAUCUAACCACGAUGUUGUGAAGGCGUGAAACACAUUACAGCUGCAAUGCAGACGCGGCGACCGGGACUACAAACAAACAUAGCGCGAUCUAUUCAGAAUUUAAUAGACAAAUAGUUUCGUUACCGCGACGCGGCGUUUGUUCAGACGAACUGGAAUGUAUAUAGUUAAGUGUAUUUAAUGUUAAGUAUUAUUCUGCAUAAUCUGUAAUUUGCUUCGCGCCUGGUUGGCCGGUUAGAUUAGUCGUAGCGUACGGAGUUGUCUUUCACAAUGUUUCCUAUAUUAUGCGUUUAUUAUAUGAAUGUUCUCCUUUAUUGUAAAUGUUUGACGAGAUACAAUAGUAUUGCGUGGAGUCUGUAUCCUGGAUAGUGUGCACUACUUAUAUUCAAUUUGUAGAUAUUUAAUUAUAUAUAGUAUAAUGUUUAA